AUGCGCCUCAUUCAGAACAUGUGCACCAUAGCCGAGUACCCAGCGCAGGGCAGCGCAGCCGCCUCCGACUGCUGCGUGGGCGCCGCCGGCCGCCGCCUGGUCAAGAUCGCAGUGGUGGGCGCCAGCGGCGUGGGCAAGACCGCACUGGUGGUCCGGUUCCUCACCAAGCGAUUCAUCGGUGACUAUGAAAGAAAUGCAGGUAAUCUGUAUACUAGACAAGUUCAGAUAGAAGGUGAAACCCUGGCUAUUCAGGUUCAAGACACUCCAGGUAUUCAGGUCCAUGAGAACAGCCUGAGCUGCAGUGAACAGCUGAAUAGGUGCAUUCGCUGGGCAGAUGCUGUGGUGAUAGUUUUCUCCAUCACUGACUACAAGAGCUAUGAACUCAUCAGCCAGCUUCACCAGCACGUGCAGCAGCUACACCUGGGCACCCGGCUGCCUGUGGUGGUCGUGGCCAACAAAGCUGACCUGUUGCACGUCAAACAGGUUGAUCCUCAGCUUGGACUGCAGCUGGCCAGCAUGCUAGGCUGCUCAUUCUAUGAAGUGUCUGUCAGUGAAAAUUAUAAUGACGUCUACAGCGCCUUCCAUGUUCUCUGUAAAGAGGUCAGUCACAAACAGCAGCCUAGCAGCACACCUGAGAGGCGAAGAACCUCCCUCAUUCCCAGGCCCAAGUCACCCAACAUGCAGGACCUGAAGAGGAGGUUUAAGCAAGCUCUCUCUGCCAAAGUGAGGACUGUCACCUCUGUCUGA